AUGGAGAAGAAGAGCAUUCACGACAUUCUCCCUGUUGAGUUGAUUCACAGAAUCUUACUGAGAGUUCCGGCCAAACAUCUAGCUCGCCUCAGGUGCGUUUCGAAGCUCUGGUACUCUCUCAUUUCCGAUCCACACUUUGCUGAAAUGCAUUUUCACCACUCUCCCGCUUCCACAUACGUCUUCAUAGAAAAUGACACUAUGGCUUACUUCGUUGACUUAGACGCACUAUUUCGUGACAACAAUGAUGCAUUACAAGUAAGAAAGGUGUCUCUCCCUUUCAAGAUGAAAUCACCACCUCGUUUUGAGGUCCUGGGAUCCUGCAGAGGCUUUGUUCUCUUACAUCAACACGGAAGAUUUCUUGUGGUAUGGAACCCGCUGACUGGAUCCAGCAAAUUGAUAUCCUACUCUCAUAUUGCUUCUCGUUUUAAGCCCAGGGGCUGGAGUUCCUUCGACUUCGAUGUGUAUGGAUUUUGUUAUGAUGCCUCACAUGAUGAUUACCUAGUUUUUUUAGGUUGGCAGAAUGAGCAUGGUCGAGAUCACUUUCAUUGCUUUUCCUUGAGAACCAAUUCAUGGAUUGAUUUUGGUGAUGCACUCCUCAAACCAUUGGGGUUUGAUAAUUGGCAGUCUUGUGGGCUGUUCUUGAAUGGCGCUUUUCAUUGGGUGCCUUCCCGUCCUAAAGAUUACAGGGAUGCUAUUCUUAUCUUUGAUCUCAAAGAAAGGACUUUCUCAACGAUAUCUGCACCGGAACAACUGAGAACGAGCUAUUAUUCAAGUCUCACCCUACUAGGAGGCUGCCUAGCCUUAUAUUAUUACAAUGAUGAUAGCUAUAAAACUGAUAUAUGGGUGAUGAAAGAAUAUAAAGUGCACUCAUCUUGGACUCUCUAUCAGAUUCCUUUUCGCUUUCAGCCUCUGUACUUACCCAGUGCUAUGGAUCUUAUUGGAAAAGGUUAUGACUAUGAAUGGGAGUUAUACAUAUAUAAUUUCAGAGAAGAGAGGCUCCAACGUCGUUUUGAACAUCAUUGUUUUUUUAUUGACUACGCUGCAGCUGAUGCUGUAUAUACAGAGAGUCUCUUGCCACUCCCUAGUGACCUUAAGGAUAAGGAUAAGGAGGAAAACGGCCAUCAAGUUCUUCAGGAAUGUUAUGAACUGCUUGAUGUUGCUGAUGGCUAGCAUCACGAAGGAUUCAAACGAAGAAAGAAUACAAGUGAACAGCUUGACAUGUGGAGAAGAACAUUUAAAAAGUGCAGAUGAACUUUAAAAUCCGAUAUAUCUUUUUGAUCAAAUUUAAGAGUACUAUUUCUUAGUUAUGCAGAACUUUAGAUGUUUUGUUUUGUUGAUUGCAUACUAUUUGUUUU